UAGAGGGCGCAGUUUCUACUUCCACUUCAUCUUCAUCGAUCAAGAAACAGGAUAAGUGUAAGCAGUGCAAGCUUUUGGUAAUGGCCUCUACCAACGCAAAACCUCUGAAAGACGAGACCAGGGACAUGUCCUUAGAUGACAAACUGGCGUAUUUGGACAAGGAAAUUCGAUUGCUGCACCGAUUUUGUACGGAAUCUGGCUACAGCGAACAACACAUAGAACGAUGUGCCGAGCCAUUUUUCAGGCCCAUCAAAUCAGCCAAGCGGAAGAAAUUGAGGUGUCAUCUUAUUCUGGUGGCAGCCGCCGUGGCUGUGUUCUCAGCUCUGUUGUAUAUCGAUCCAGCGUACAGACUGAUGGCGUCCACAGGACGGCACGCUUACAUUAAAAUUCUGCCUUAUUGGGAUUGGUCGGCCAUGUUUGAUUGGACCUGUCUGAUCAACAACCCCUUGUAUGCAGAUGAUUUGAAGGAGGAUGAUUGUAAAUCCUGUGUUGAUAUUGAGGCUAUAGAGAGGGCGAGUGACCUUGACCCCGUCUACUUUGCCGAGGAGUACUUGAAGAAAGACAUACCAGUUAUUAUAGAGGACGGUCUGAAAAAUUGGCCAGAACAGGACAUAACCAUCGCUAAAAUCAAGGAGCUGUAUGAGGAACACAAGAUCAUGGUGCAGCACCCUGUGUGUAACAUGUCCUCCAGUAUCGCGAUGAAGAGACGAUCCAAUAACCAAUGGAAAAUGCUUGAUGAGAUCGAAAACCAGAACUUCUUUAUACAGUGGGAGAAUUGUCACCCCAAAGCAGGAAAGGCCUUCAGGUCAGAGUUUUACCGUCGUCCUUACUUUAUGCCACAGAUGGUUGAAAUAGAAACAAGUAACUGGUUGUUCAUGUCACGUGGGAGAUCCAAACCAGGAGCUGAACCUAUGCUGGUACCCAUCCAUAGACAGCUGUUGAUUAUGAUUCAACUCAAAGGCGAGGUGGAAGUACACAUUGUGCCAGAUAAGUUGUGCGAGACGCAGUGUAAGACAAUCACAGCUGUCCUCUCCGAGGGGCAAAUACUGUUGGUGACAAUGACGGAUGUUCUGUACGACUUGCUUUAUCUACCAUAUGGAGAUGAGGAAAAUAUCUCCAUUGCAGUACUUGGAACUUUUGAUUGACAGCCAGCACUACCAGAAUAAACCUGCUAUACAAAUUCUAGCAGCGACAGAAAACAUGUAUUUUAUUUAGUAUGCAUGUUAAUUUGCUGGAACUUUGAAUUUAACUUGUGAUUUUGAUUAUGUCAGUCUACAAAUGUUUUAAAUAGUUAUAACAAAAUACAUGUAGCUAUUUUUACAGAAGUUUGGAACUAUAGGUAUUUACUCAUAAUUUGUAUAAACAUCGUCCAAUAGUUGACAGAAAGUAAAUGCUGUUUAAAAACAAAGUUGGAGUCUUUAAGGUGUUUUAAUCAUUAAAGACGCAACAAGUAUCAUACA